AUGAGUGGAGGGGGCCGAUACUCGAGAAGUCGCAAUUUGGGACGCGAUUCGAGUUCAGGCCAGCCUGAGGGUGAGAAUUAUGUAGCAAAAGUGAAUGGAGUGCGACAUAGCGGUCGCGUGGGCUGGACCUCUCACAGACAAACUCCCGACUUUUUUCGCCCAGCUGAGUGGACGGGCUUCAGCUCGUUGGGUCGAGAUGUCCUCAAAGCAAGGGUGAAAGAAGGAAUGGAAAGGGAGAGGGGUGACAAGAGAAGACACGGGCUGGAUUGGCAUCUGGCAGCGGCUGGUGUUGUCAUUAGGGCGAUGGUUAAUUCGGGUCAAAGAUUGGCGCAACGAUGGGCUGCAGUGCAUUCGACUCCACAAUAUGCGCGGCAUCGUUUCUCGAUUUUCCUAAAACACCAUCACCCAUUCGAUUCGAGGUUUGAAGAGAGCGAUUGGUUUCAACAUUAUGCUGCUACGAUGAUACAACUCAAGACGCUGCUGAAUUGUAUCGACAAUUCCGGAGCAGCAAUCGUCGAAUGUGUUGCGGUGAUGAGAAAGAAGACGCAACAUGCGCGGAUAGGUGACAGAAUAAUCGUCGUUGUGCAGAAACAGAGAUCCUUCGGUCCCGACAACCCUGGUGGAUCGAGCUUGGGAAUUGCCAACAAAGUGCGACGGGGUGAUAUACGACAUGCUGUGGUAGUAAGGGCCAAGAAAGAGCAACAGAGAAAAGAUGGAGGUCUGAUCAGGUUCGAUGACAAUGCCUGUGUGCUCAUCAACAAGAACGGCGACCCUAUUGGCACCCGAUUAUCGAGUAUGGUGGGAGCCGAGCUACGAGACAAGAAAUGGUCCAAGAUUUUGUCGCUGGCACCAAUGCACAUAUAA